AUGGAGAUAAGAUUCAAAGUUCCAAAGACCGCUUCAAUUCCGAAACAUCCCCCGAAAAACAACACACAGCCCUCAACUCUCGCAUUCGUCCAAGUCAACCCCGCCAAAAAAGACAAAGCAGCCCAACGAAAAAUCCGCCAACAUGUAAUGAAAGACAUAGGUCUCUCCCGCAGAAUGAGUACAGUCCGCACACCUCAUCCAACAAGCGAGUCAAUAUUUAUCCCGACAUACUGGGGCGACGCGCAAGUCUGCUACAACUUCCGACGAUUAUUUCGGGCGAUGGACAUGGUGUCGGAAGGACUGCUAUCAAUAGCUAUUGUCGAUCCUGUCUUGAGAUUGAGGCAGAAAUUAACGGCGACCUUUGAGAGUCCGCCGACGUUGGAGGAGAUACAGCAGUAUACUGAGUCGUUGAGCUUGGUGAGGGAGGGGAUCGAGGUGGAGAGUAAGGCUAGUGAGAAUGCUGUUAUCGGGACAGUUAUUUGUCUGGCGACUUUUGAUAUGCGCGCUGGGAAUUCGCAAUCGUGGAUGGUUCACAUGGCAGGGCUGGAAAGAAUAGUUGAAAUGGCUGGGGGAGUUAAAGAACUGGACUCACGCCCCGCUAUCCGACAAUCUCUGUUCAUUUGCGACCUCCUGGGCUCAAUGGUAGAAGACGCGGAACCGAGAUUUUGUCUACCACUAGAUUUACCUACAUUACCCGAAGCUACCAGGUCCCGAUAUGUCCAAAAGCUUCUAGCGUCAUUGAGAAGUGACGAGCAACGGAUACAAGAACAAAUUGCCGUCAUCGAUGGCGCUCUCACAUCCACGAACCAAGUCGCCGUCUUACUAAAUGAAGUAUGGCUUGUUAGUCCAUUCGCGCUUGAUCUCCUCAUUCCAUUAGAUGAAAAGUUCUGGAAAGGAAAGGAGGAGCUGAAACUUUGGGUGUUGGCUAUUCAGGUCUGUAUGGGUGUUGGUUCUUCAAAGCCCUGGUAUUUGGAUCAGAUCACUCAGACCAUGACGUGCAUUCACCUACGAUCAUGGGAGGGCUUGAUGGACUGUUUGCGAAAAGUGGUAUGGGUUGAAAAGGUUUCUCCACUAGAAAUGACGCAUCUUCGGUCUGAUAUUGGAGAAUGGCUCUCCUAG